AUGAAUCAGGAACUGCUCUCUGUGGGCAGCAAGAGGCGACGAACGGGUGGAUCCCUUCGAGGUAAUGCUUCCUCAAGCCAAGUAGAUGAGGAGCAGAUGAAUCGGGUCGUAGAAGAGGAGGAGCAGCAGCAAAGACGACAACAAGAGGAGCAGCACAUUGGGAGGAAUGGGGAGAUAGGAGGGGAAGAACCUGGAUUUGAUGAGAGGCAUGAGACUCAGCAGGAGCAAUUAGAAGAAAAUAACAAUAGACUUAUUACAGUGGAUGAAGAAUCCACUUGUAACCAAGAGGAAGAUGAUGAUGAACAUGCUGGUGAUCAAGAGGAGGAGGUGGAAGAGGAGGAGGAAAUGGACCAGGAGAGUGAUGAUUUCGAUCAGUCUGAUGACAGUAGUAGAGAAGAUGAACAUGCUAACAGUAACAGUGUCCCUAAUUCCAAUAGCCUCACGGACUUGCCUAUUCACCAGUCAUCACCAUUCUACAUAAAGACAAAG